AUACCUGAUAUAUAUAUUCAAGUCUCCAUCCCUCCAUUUUCUUUAACUUCCUAUUGCUACAUAAUUAUGCUUCAAAUGAAAUGUUUCAAUGCAGAAUUCUGAACACUUCAGAAGAUAAUCUCAUCAACGAGUUUGACAUCAGCUUGAAAGCCUCUGUUGAUAACUACUCAAGGAGCUUGGUUGAGUUUUGCAGCUCCAAAGCAAUUGAAAGAAUUUGCAGCGAAAUUGGAGAGAAAAUUAGCGAUGGAGAUUUUAGCCGUUUCACUUUCGAUAUGAUGCUGGCAUGGCAGAUCCCAAGCAAAACAGAUGAAGAGUCCUAUUUGGAAGGUAUUGGAAAGGAAAAGGAAGAUAAAAAGAAAGUUUUGGAAGGAAAUGCAGGUCUGAUGUAUGAUGAUAUUCCUCUCUUCUAUUCAGAUAUAAUGCCACUUCUUGUGGAUGAAGAAAAGAACGUUGGUGAAGAUUCUUUUGUAUGGUUGGGACAUGUUCUUCCAUUGGUUGCUGAUGUCGUCAAUGCCCGAUUUACUUUCGAGAUGCUCACAGCGUCCACGGCAAACCGACUUCACUAUCCUGCUUAUGAUAGGUUUCUCAAAGAGAUAGACAAAUAUAUAAAGUACCUUCAGAAACAAAGAUCACCAACAGGAUUUGAACUUGCAGAAGAUGAAUUCAUCUUGCAUGUAGAAGGAGAUGGAAUGACUCCAAGAGUUGUUCGUCACAUAGGCUCAACAAGUUGGCCAGGCCGACUUACUCUAACAAAUCUUGCACUCUAUUUUGAGGCUUCUAAAUCAAUUUCAUAUGAGAACGCCUUUAAAAUUGAUCUUUCGAGUUCUGAUAUAGAUCAUCAAGUGAAAGCAACAUCUACUGGACCUUUUGGUGCUCCCUUGUUUGAUAAAGCCAUAACAUAUGAGUCUUCACUACUCGCAGAACCAGUGACAUUAGAGUUCCCAGAAAUGACCAGCUCCACCCGUAGAGAUCAUUGGUUUGCACUCAUAAAAGAAGUGAUAUUAAUGCAUAGAUUCAUGUCAAAAUUCAAUGCAAAGUACCCUGAAACAGAAGCCUUCUUGCAAGCUUGGGAAGUGCAGGCCAGAACAAUUUUGGGAGUAAUGAGGCUUCAUGCAGCAAGGGAAAUGCUUAGAAUGGCUCCACCUCCUCCCAUCAACUUCUUAAUCUUCACUUUGCUUGAUGAAGUUCCCAAAGGGGAUUAUGUGUUGGAAGAACUGUAUAAUAGUUUGAAGAAGACAAAAGGAAUAAGCUGUUGCAGUGCUGCCUCCAUACUUAAGAGUCUGAAUCUGGCAAUUCCAAUGGUGGAUGCAACGAAUAUAAAAGGUGGUGAGAUAACACCAAGCAGCCCAGAAGCAGAAUCAUUAGCAUCACUGGAGACGACCGUUGAAUUGGUGAGAGAGGAAGCCAAGGAGGCUAGCAUCGCCAAUGCUACUGUUGGGGGGAUUAAAGAAGAGGGAAUCACUGAUAGCAUUAUUUUUCUUACAGAGCUACUGAGCCCACUUAGAAAUCUAAUACCUUGGUUCCAAAGAAUCAUUUCAUGGGAAAGGCCAACAGUCUCUUUAGCUUCAUUUAUCAUAACUCUCAUCACUAUAUACAAGGAAUGGUUUGGUCCGGCCCUCGCCGCACUCCUACUGUUUGUCGUCGGAAUGAUGAUGUGGGCAAGGCACAAAAGACUUGGAGAGGUAUCUGAAGAGGUUGUGGUUUCCCCUCCCUCAGAUAAAACAACAGUGGAAAGCAUAGUAUCAGCCCAAUAUGGCCUCAAAAACUUUGAUGAAAUGGUUAAGACAGUAAACAUCAGCAUACUAAAAAUCAAAUCCAUCUUUGUUUCAAAGACUCCAAAGCAUUCAAACAUGGCAAUGAGUGGGCUGAGUGUAGUUGCACUUCUGUUGAUGAUUGUGCCCUUCAAAUUUGUUCUGAUUGGAUUGGUUACAUAUAUUUUCAUGCCUAAGUUUCAGAACACAAGGCAUGAGAAGAGCAAGCAAGGAAAUAGAAGGCUGAAGGAGUGGUGGGAGACAAUACCUGUAACACCGGUUCACAUAGUCAGCUGCCCACCUUGAUUAGAUCUAAGAAAUAUUUUUUCUUCUUCAAUCAACUUAUAAUCAGCGUGGAACUUUAUAAAUGUUCAGAGUAUAAGUUCUGACAGAUACAAUAUCAUCAUUAGGAAAAUUAUUAGGUGCAGCAUCCGGAUUCGUUCGGAUGCGAAUCUGGAUGCAUUAGAUCUAAGAAAUAUUUUUUCUUCUUCAAUCAACUUAUAAUCAGCGUGGAACUUUAUAAA